AUGUCUGACCUUCGACUUACAGGAACGUCACAAUCUCAUGAAGGCCUGUCAGGAAAUCAAAGUGAAGCUUUGAAACUUUCUGCCGAAACACUCUCAUCCACCCAUUCUGAAAGGCAAACAUGUCGACCUGAUUGUGGCAACACCUGCACGCUCGUGGACCUUACCGAACAAGCUCGAUCCAAGUUUCACUAUAGCGAGGCAGCACUAAAAAUGAUCUGGUCAGUUGGAUCAUUCUCGCUGGACGAUUCGACAAGGCCGAGACUUCGAUCAGUCACAAGUGUAAGAGACGACUCGGAUGAGGCUUACAGCGGUUGCGCAAAAUCAAGCCAGCUAUGGUCAGGUUGGCUUGAACCGACAGGUCCUGCCUCUGGCGGCCCUCAAUGUUGCGACCGAGACUACGCAGAAAAUGCUCCCAAUGAAGUCCUAUACAAAGAGUUAGACACCGGAUUCGACGUCGAGAUGUAUCUGAACGGUAUUCCGAAGCAGGUACACCAAUCAGGACGACGCACUACCACUCGGUGGCUCGUCCGGGUACAUUGCCGGAACGCUUUCGAUAAUCCAUGGUCCGUGCAUUUGUUCACGACAGCAUGGAAAAGAUCGCAAGACAAGUGGCGGGAAACGAAACGCGGUGCUGUCUAUCAAAUCCAGAGUGAUAGAAUUGGGAAAUGCAAGAAAGCAUUGUCCCGCUACAUCAAGGACCAGACGCCUUGGGAGAUGCGUGUCAAGGAGUCCUUUUCGUUUCGUCAGUCCAUACCACUAUCCGAGAGGGAUCAACAGCAGUCUCAGUGUCGACCUACCCUGCCUCCUUUCCUCCGUCUGAGUUCUUUGCUUUCAUGUGGCCAUGUGGUCACUCGCGCCUUCUGGGGCGGCGGAUCACAGGGGCGCGGCGCCUCGUAUGGAGUCCCCUUCGCGGUGUGCAUCUCAGUCCAGCCACCCAUUCAAACCUUCAAGCUUUCGACUCAACACAGAAAGACCGAGAUGUCAUCUUUCGCAUCAGGCCUUGACAGGCAGUCGACGUUUCAAAGAAAUUCUACCGACGGGAAUCCGAAUGGCACUGUUUUGACAUCGGACGGCGUAACUGAGAAGGAAAGCCCCGCAGGCUCGACUUGGGAUUCAGAUGACGACAGAGGGAUAGACCCAUCGCAAUCAGGGUCCGAUAAUAGCUCUAUCCAGACUCAGGAUUUUCUGGCCUCCAUGUCGCACGGAUGGAAAAUCAAUCCGUAUCGCUGCCCUCCAUCGGCUCAACCUUACAUGAUGACAAGAAAGGGUAGCCCGAAAUACCCCUCGCACUAUAUUUCUAAGGAUGUCCUCGUCGAUCAUUGCCUGAUCCUCAACAAGAGCGACGAUCUAGAGAAUGUUUCCCAAUGGUCGAUAGAAGCUCGCUAUAUGCUCAAUAAGCUGCCUUGGAGCGUGAGACUGGUCGUCACGGCGCAGGAAAGACUCCCAGAGUACAUAGACAGGCCUUCGAGAGCCACAGUCGAAACGACCCAUGCGCCUUACGUCUUUUGGGUAGGCAGUGAUUUGGAACGUUGCAAGGAGGAGAUCAUGAACGAUCAGAAAUCGUGGUAUGCUUGGAACGAUGGCUGUAAACCGGGAAAUGGGGAUCACCUUAUCAAUUUCCUCGAUGAUUGUCAGAAGCUCCUUGACAGGAAGGUGCUAGAGAUCGAGAGCAAGUCAAAGAAGGGCUCAUUGUAG